UCUCCACCCUCAUCUCCACCACAAUCUCCACCCUCAUCUCCACCACAAUCUCCACCCCAAUCUCCAUCCCAAUCUUCACCCUCAUCUCCACCCCAAUCUCCACCCAAAUCUCCAUCCCAAUCUCCACCCUCAUCUCCACCACAAUCAUCUCCACCCAAAUCUUCACCACAAUCUCCACCACAAUCUCCACCCUCAUCUCCACCACAAUCUCCACCCUCAUCUCCACCACAAUCUCCACCCUCAUCUCCACCCUCAUCUCCACCCUCAUCUUCACCCUCAUCUCCACCCUCAUCUCCACCACAAUUUCCACCACAAUCUCCACCCUCAUCUCCACCA